UCCCACAAUGCUACACAGCCGUGGAGUUCUGUGUCCAACCACUUUGUGCACCUACCCGCUGAGCAAGUAUUUUGAUUGGUGUGGCUAUCUCCUGGCGGUUAUUGUUAGGAAGUAGCCUGUAGAUUAAAUUUGACCCACACAUUCAACUCAAUACCGCCGUAGGAAUGUGAUGGAUUAGAAAAAUAUGUGCCUUGGUUGUCAACAUGUUCCCCGGCGUUUUCUAUGCGCUCCUGGCGGGGUUUCUCGGGGCUGUCGCAUCUUCAUCUGCAAAGCUGUCACUUGGAGCCGAUUACCUUAAAGGUGUAUGUGAAACGGGGCUACGAACAUGGGGAGAGCAGCGGAAAUUUAGACAACCGGACGAAACUACCGCUUGUGACUGGCUACACAUCCCCCUGAGGCUUCUUUGUGGGGGGCUGCUCUUCACCUGUAAUGCUGUGAUGUGGACAUUCCUGGCUAAGGCUCUCAGGCACUCUUCCUCCUCCAUCCGAACCACUGUGACCACCACCGCUUCCAACUUCAUAUCUUCCGCCUUUUUGGGGCAGCUUAUCUUCGGGGAGACCCAGAUUGCGUUGUGGUGGGUGGGAAUCUCCCUCACGUUCUCUGGCCUCCUGGUGCUUCAGAGGGCCGCCCCAAACGACCGAGCCAGGAAGGACGAAUGACAACCCUGUCGGAAGGCACAACUAAUUAACUGAUAUAGAAAGAAACCAGUAAUGCAACGUAUAGCCUACUAUCUGUGACAAACAAUAGCAUUUCUCGGGUGAAUGGCAACUUUUCAAGGUAAAGCACUGUCAAAACAUACCAUGUAAGGAAUAUACAGUGAUUUUUUGUGUGUGUGUUUUAAACACUUUGACAUCAUCAGCAAUGUGUGCAUGACAUCAAUACUUGAGAACACCAAAGCUGUUUUGCUCACAUAUCCUAAGAUGACACUCACUGUAAACUUCCACACCAACAUUGCAUGUUCAAGGUGAUGUGUGAACGGAAGUGGUCUCAAAAAUGCUGCUACUGCUAGAUAUACGCAAAUACAGCAAGCACAUUGAUAUUCGCAUCGCUUAUUACUGUAUAAUACAUGAUGCGGCUCAGAGAAUACACAUCAACUUCUCAGUUGUAUCAUGUUUAUAGCCGAAUAUCUUGAGGACUUGACCCUUACAGAAUUUUGACAUGUUUUGUGGAUUCUGAGGAGGUUUGGCCUUGCCUGCCUUCAUAGCAAAUGUCUAAUAGAAAGUUCCUAACAAGGUCUAAACCCAAUUAAGUCAAACCAAAGUACCCAAAUAUGUUGAUCCUGCCUUUUACCCACUGUAACCACAGCAGUGGCUCUGUCAAUGCAUUGUGAAGUCAAACUGCUAAGUGGCCCCCCGAAAAAAUCGUAGUGACCUCAGCUGCCUGUAAAGUGAUACUGUCUAGUUCACUCAAAAAUCAAAGUUUGUCAGACAUAUUCAAACCUCAAACGUGGCCUAAUGUCGAGAUGAGACAAAGAAUAGGCACAGUCUAAUUUAAUCUUUUUUAGAGGGUGCCUGUCUUUCCAAUUCAUUUGGAGUUGAGGCACAGAGCUGGAUCUACACAGCAGACAGCUUGGACCUCUUGCCAUUAGCCCACGUCUGACCUCAACACAAAUUUUGGAGUGAACUAUCCCUUAUUCCCUUUGGCAGAAGAGACUCAUUAUUUCAUUCUGACCUAAUGGGGUGUCUAAACAACAGUUACUCCAAUGUCUGGCCUUUUUAAUUGAGUGUCACCAGCUGUUUGUCUUCCAGCUGUAGGCCUGUAUCAUCAACCAAUGUCUAUCCUAGUUUUCCAAUGCAAUUAAAAUCAGUUUGAGGUUAUCCUUGGGGUUAAGGGAGGCAUCCGGUAGCACAGUUCCUCCCUCUGCAUUUUCCAAGACUUCCAAAAGGUCAAAUGUUGCUGUGGGGUUUGUAACCCAACUACUGAAAGUAGUGUUUAUUACUAGCAUGCUUGUCCUCCAACGGUGUACUUCCCUGAUAUUCCUUAACACUGUGAUGUGCUAUUGUGGAAUUGGGCUUUUUGCGUAAUACUGACAACGCUACCAUAGACUGGAGUUUGACUUGACAACUGUACUAUACGAUCCCACUUUGCUGUUGUUUUUUUAUACGUAUCAUAUGCAUGCAACAACCAACGGUAGCUACCUGUAUUCUGACUGUAUCUAUUAGACAAUGAUAUGUCUGUGUAAAUGCAGAAGAACGCACACUAUGGAACCGGUUCUCCGUCCAGUUGCAGUACAUUACAGACUGCAGGUUUUGUAUGUAAUGUCAUCUACUUCCCUGGCAAUGUGACUAUCUAUGCUGUUGAAUCAGGACGGGAGACAUUGGUGCUGACAUUUCUCCUGUGUUCUUCAGUCAGUCUAAACUGAGGAUAAACAUUUACCUGUGAAGCCACUGUCACUAAGGGCAAGAUAAAUCAGUGCAUUCGAGUAGUGGUUUCAUGAAAUGUUUUAUCGCCAGCCCCUGAAUGGGAAAUGUUUGUUGUAACCAUUAUACUGUAGAUAUGGAUAUCAUGUUAUAAACUGUAGAUAUUAGUUUGGGAGGUGCAUAUGACUGACCUGUUAAGGUGUGUGUUCCAGAUUAGUGCAGCACUGGGGCCCUACUAGGGGGAUAAGGAAAGGCAAUGUAUUAUGAACAAAAAUGCAUUAUUAAAAGAGUCCUUACUUGGACAAGCCACCUCCCCAUCCUUUGAAUAUGUUGAUUGGUUCUUAGUAAAUGGUGUAUGAUAAGGGAGGAAGUCUCAGAAAAUGUCUGUUGGCCAAUAGAAUCUGAUUGCACACACUGAUGCUGUGUCUGUGUGUGACAAACUGUUAGUCAUCACUUCUUGGACAACAGAGGGAGAGGAAAACAGGUGUUUGAGUAAACUGCAAACUCUUUGUCUGCACUGGUAAGAAAUGUGAACCAUUCAUAUCUAGUCUAAUAUAACUUCUAUUAAACUAACAUUUGUAAGUGUAAAUAUCUUCUAUUUACAGAAAAUAUUAUGGACACGUGUAACCACUCAUCCAAAUAUGAGAUGGUGCACAAUGUGAAAUAAACCUCAUCUAGGAAAGUGAA